AUGGACAGCCUGAAAGCCAAGGGACAGUUUUUCCUCGAUACAGAGAAUGAUGAUUCGCUGAGACUUCUCAAAGAUCUGGACUCCGAUGAACAUCCUGGGGAAACUCCCUCAGCACCCCGGAAGGGGAGAAGGGAAAUUAAGAUCCCAGAAGACGACAUAUUCCGUGAGGCGAACGAGUCACCUUUCAACAGUAGCCUCACAACCUUUGCCCUGAAGGCGAAAGUCGUCUAUCCCAUCAAUCAGAAGUUCAGGCCUCUGGCGGACGGCUCGUCCAACCCAUCCCUGCACGAGAAGAAGCCCAGAGAGGCGGCCGUGCCCAACCAGCUGCCGGACCUGGGCUCUCCGCCCAGCAGCCUGGGCUCCCUGAGCCGCGGGCCCCGAGACCACUGCGGCUCCUCCUCCUCCUCCUCCUCCUCCCUCCGCUCCCUGGCCAGCGACGACCGCUUCCACCACAGGAUGGUCCGCACCGUCUCCACCUUCCCCGACGUGCUGCUCGCGGACAGUUUCGACAUAAGCUUAUGCCUUUAUAGUCUUCAUUUGAAAGGCUUACUGCUUUUGGACACAGAACUGAGACAAGAAAAGCAUAUGAUGUUCGUCCAUGUCUUCAAAAAACAUCUUUAUGACAUUUUCCCUAAAAAGAAGACCAGUGAAGAGUUUUAUGAAAACAUUCUCUCAAAGCAACAAAUGGAUUUGAAAGAGUUAGAAAAGCAACUUCAUUCUAGAUUGUGCAACACAGAGAUGUCAGCUGUCGGUAAUUCGGAAUACAACACACUGGAAGAUAUUGAAAGAAAAGAGAGGGAGUAUGCCGAACAUAUCAUUGAUAAUAUGGAAGCUUUCUGGAAACAGACAGACAAAGCCCUGCAGUUUCUGCUGGACCAGCCAAAGCGUUCCAGUGGCAAAACGGGAGCAAUUCGGAUGCAUUUGACCGAAGGGAUGAUUGCCGCCGAAGGAUUGUUAAGCGAAUCUCAGGCCGUGCAGGCAGUGAACAUCCAAGCCCGAACAGUGAAUUGGGAGCACGUGGCGAGGACGAUCGAGUCCUUGAAGUCACAGCUACAGGACGAGACGAAGUGCAGACUGAGCGUGAUCUCUCAAACGUUGGAGGCACUGGCCGUAGAAGGGAAGCUCUCCGGAAGGCUCAAGGAAGAGCUCCUAACGCGACUGCACAAAGCCUUUUGGGAAGAAGUCUCCCAUUUCAAGAGUGAGUUCGAUCUGCGAGGGAAGGACGUAGUCGGGAAACAUCUGGCCGACCGCACCGCAGCCAUGGAAGAGCUGACGGCGGCCCAGGAAGAAGAACGAGAGACUGUCCUCGGCGAGGCUGCGGGCGACUCGCACAAGUGGCUCAAGGCUUUCCAUGAAUUACUGGAGAAGCAGAGACUGAGUCGGUUUGAUCUGGAAGAAGAAGAGGACCGUAAAGCCACGGAUGCCGUUGCCGAGUUGUGCCAGGAACUGCAUGGUAACGCCUUACGCAUCUUUAAGAAUUUGGAAGAGGAGAUGUUCCUUCAAACCCUCCCAGGGGGAACUGCUAUUUCCCCGGGAGAAUGUGAAUACCUGAAACAAGAGAUGGAGCAGAAUUCCAGCCUUCAGCUGGAGAAAUUAGACCGUUUCCGAAAAAAACGGUGGAGUCUUUUUCAAGAAGCCCUUGAACAAGAAAAGCAGUUAUGGGCGAAGGAAUCCGCGGUAUCCGCCGUGAUGCAGCAGCACAUCGCGGAGAAACGUGAGACUAUCAUCCGUGGAGUGUUAGACCGAUUAGAUGGCCUCAGUGAAGACUGCAGGCAGUUCCUGUUGCGGAAACACAGACUGCUGCUCUGCUCAGUGGUGAGGAGGCUGAGUCUUCGCCACGGGGCUCUGGCCACCCUCACGCAGAUGCAGAUGUGCCGCAAGAAGAGGCUGCUGUGGGAGCUGAGGGAGAAUCACACCCUCCAGGAGACAUCCUCCCCCUGCCAGGACGAGCACCAGUGGCAGCUCCUCAGAGCAAUGGAGUCUCGGAUCCUGGAGGAAGACCGCAACCUGGAGGAGGAGACCCAGGACACGCGGCUGGAAUUGCAUCGGCAGUUGAUCAUGGAGCUGCAAGAAUCUUUUCUGCUCUUACAGCGUCACAUGGAGCCAGAGAUUGGGCGAGCCCUGCUCCAGAGCGCCCGGGGACACGGGGGCGAGGCGAGAGGCCAGGACAGGGAAGAUUUGAAGGCGCUCUUGGUCGAAGAAGCCGUAGAAAGCGUGUAUGUCACCAGUGCGGGGGUCGGCCGGCUGGUGCACGAUUAUUACCUACAAAUUGGGAAAAUCAUGCAGCUCCACGAAGAAAAAAAGCUCCAGAAACUGAAGGCGUUACAAGUUGAAAGAACUGAGAAUUAUAAACUCAGGAAAAAAAAGAGACUGAGAGACGAGUCGCCCAGACAGAAAGCAACCGGAGACUCUUCCGACGUUUCCCAGGCAGUCCAUGAAAGACUUUUGUUUCAGCAGAAAAAAGUUCUCGCCCCAUUCGGUGUCCAUCAGCAGGUGCGUCUGGAUUCCUUGAAGCAGACGACGGCGGCGAUGGGUCGCCUGGGAGCCGAGCUGGAGAGCCAUCUGAAGGAGGCGGAACAGGUCUUCAUCGCCGAACUGGCCGCCCUGGCUCGCGUUCCCAUCCCACCCGGUCGGAGGCUGGAGUCAGGUUCUGCAGAGAAAGCCGUAAGAAGCCGGAGGAGGAAGGCCCGCCCCGAACACCAAGAGGAAACAACCGCCGAUGCCCAUGACCUCCCCCUUGGAGGACACGCCACGGGAUCACUCGGGCAACCUCAGAGCCAGCCAGAAAGCCAAGUCGGUGACACGGAGAAGCCCCCGAAGUUACUGAAAAGAAGGAGCAACGUGUAGGCCGGUCGUGGCCUCCCAAAGCUCUGUGGCCUCUGGGAAACGGACGUGGCGUCUAGAGUUGACUGUGGAGCAGAUAACAGCCGGCGCGCUGGGCCUACCGUCUGGGAACAGAGGGAUCACGAUGCCGUAAUCCCGGGAUCCAUUCAUUCAUUCAUUCAUUCAUUCAAUCAUUCAAUCGUAUUUAUUGAGCGCUUACUGUGUGCAGA